AUGCUGGAUGCACGGAAGUCUCGACGCAUCUCGGCAAGCGACGCUAACGACAACGAAAGACCAGUUAGCGAUCUCCGAGAUAAACUCAAUUCCGGCGCAUGCGAUCUUCGCGUAAAGCUCAACCGUUCAAAACCAACAGACUUACGACGACAGUUGGAGCGAGUUAAAGGUCAGUCUCAAUCUUCACCACCCGAGACCAGCAUAUCCAAAGACCUCCGCGCCCUACUGGACUCUAAGCGAGUACAAGCGGGGCAGUCUUUGAACGUUAUCAUGGGAGGCUCCCCCCCUAACGGGGACUCAGUCCGUUCCGUGAAAGAUUAUCGUCGACAAGUCGCGACGUCCCAGAAAUGGCCGACUAAACCGACAAGUCAUCCUCCGAUAACCUUCUCACCAGAUGACGCUGUGGGUGUCCACACGCCCCAUAAUGAUCCACUCCUCGUCGUCCUUGGAAUUGGAGAGUACGAUGUCACCAAAAUCCUUAUCGACACCGGAAGUUCCGUCGAUCUCAUCUUCCGAGAAACCCUGCAGAAGAUGGGAGUCGACCUCGAUGACAUAAAAGCGUCCUCCAGAACGUUAACCGGAUUCAACGGGUCUUCAGAAACUAUCUUGGGAACGAUCCGCCUCCCGGUGCGUGCAUGCGGCGUUACUCGAACAGUCAAGUUUGCCGUCGUAAGCACGAAAGCUCCGUAUCACGCUAUACUCGGUACCCCUUGGUUACACUCAAUGCAAGCCAUUCCUUCCACUUACCACCAGUGCGUCAAGUUCCCUGGCACGGACGGGAAGAUUAAAACGUUGCGCGGGGACCAGAGAGCCGCCAGAGAUCUCCUAGUCGCCACAGUCAAACUUCAGCGGUCGUCAUUAUCCGUAAACUCAGUAUCUACUCCAACCUCAAAAGUCUGCUCUCAAGAAAGCGAAGUCCUAGAGUUACCUAUUGACGACGUCGACCAGAGUCGAAUUGUGAGGGUUGGCGCGUACCUUUCUGAGGAAAUGCAGCAGUCAAUUCUGGAUUUUCUCAGAAAGAACAUUUCCACGUUCGCUUGGUCUAUGGCAGACAUGAAAGGCAUUGAUCCGACUAUAACGACUCAUGAACUAAAUGUCGAUCCAACUUUCAAGCCCAUCCGCCAGAAGAGACGCAAACUCGGUCCCGAUAGGUCUAAGGCUGUAAAUGAAGAAGUCGACCGGUUACUCGGUGCAGGUUCGAUUGCCGAAGUCCGCUACCCCGAAUGGUUGGCGAACCCAGUAGUCGUCAAAAAGAAAAAUGGCAAGUGGCGCGUCUGCGUCGACUUUACCGACUUAAAUAAAGCCUGCCCAAAGGACAGCUACCCUCUUCCCAACAUCGACCGUUUAGUCGAGUCUACGGCUGGAAACGAGAUGCUAACCUUUAUGGACGCUUUCUCUGGAUACAACCAAAUAAUGAUGCACCCGGACGAUCGCGAGAAGACAGCCUUCAUCACAGAUAGGGGAACCUACUGCUAUAAGGUCAUGCCGUUCGGCUUAAAGAACGCUGGAGCAACCUACCAACGGCUCGUAAACAAGAUGUUCGCAGAUAAAUUGGGUAUCACCAUGGAAGUAUACAUCGACGACAUGCUGGUUAAGUCUCUCCACGCCACUGAUCACCUCAGUCACCUGCAAGAAUGCUUCGAAACUCUCAACAAGUACGGCAUGAAGCUGAACCCGGCAAAGUGCACGUUCGGAGUCUCCUCUGGCGAGUUCCUCGGCUACAUUGUCACGCAGCGAGGAAUUGAGGCGAACCCGAAACAGAUAUCCGCGGUCCUGAACCUCCCGAGUCCAAAAAACAGUAGAGAAGUACAACGACUCACGGGGAGAAUAGCCGCUCUAAACCGGUUCAUUGCCAGAUCCACUGACAAGUGCUUGCCUUUCUACGAUCUCCUGAGAGGAAACAAGAAGUUCAUUUGGGACGAGAAGUGCGAGGAGGCAUUUACUCAACUCAAGCAAUACCUGACAACACCUCCUGUACUCGCUAAGCCGGACGUCGGUGACGUCCUGUCUCUCUAUGUCGCAGUAUCACAAGCUGCCGUCAGCAGCGUCCUGAUAAAGGAAGACCGCGGCGAGCAAAAGCCCAUCUUCUAUACGAGCCGGCGCAUGACCGGGCCAGAAACGCGAUACCCGACUCUGGAGAAGAUGGCCUUAGCAGUCGUCGAAGCAGCGAGAAAGCUUCGACCCUAUUUCCAAUCGCAUUCGGUAGAAGUGUUGACUGAUCAGCCUCUCCGAACGAUACUCCAAAACACCAACAGGUCUGGAAGACUCACAAAGUGGGCCAUUGAACUUGGCGAGCUCGAUAUCAUCUACAAGAACCGCACUGCAGCAAAGUCACAGGUUCUUGCGGACUUCUUGGUCGAACUGGCCCCAGAGUUGGAACAAGAUCUCGCACUCCCAAGUUUGAACUGGACGCUGCACGUCGAUGGAUCGUCGACCAACAAAGGAGCAGGCGCCGGAGUCCAAUUACAGUCUCCGACCGGAGAGCUAAUCAGACAGUCUUUUAGCUUUGGCUUUCCCGCUUCAAACAACGAGGCAGAAUACGAAUCUUUGAUCGCCGGACUCCGCUUAGCAAAAGCCGUAAAAGCUAAACGACUAAGCGCCUAUUGCGACUCCCAGUUAGUCGCCAAUCAGUUCAGUGGCGACUACGAUGCCCGCAACGAUCGAAUGGACGCCUAUCUCAAAAUAGUGCAAAGCCUAGCAGCAGAGUUUGAGUCCUUCGAACUCAUCAAAGUUCCCAGAGGCGAAAACAUCUGCGCCGACGCCCUCGCAGCCCUUGGUAGCAAGCUUCAUGACCAAGUUAAACGAACAAUCCCGAUACAUCGUAUCGAGAAACCAAGCAUCGAUAUUCUGACCGACAAAACCCUCAUCGCCCAGGUUGUCGAGCCCAUUGCUCCAGACGACGACGGAUUUGGCCCAGAUUGGAGAACUGAGUUCAUCGACUACCUCUCGAAGGGGGAACUCCCAGCAGAAAAAUGGGCAGCCCGCCGGCUAAAAACCCGCAGCGCCCAUUACGUCGUUCUCGACGAUGAACUGCACAGAUGGACGGCGAGUAAAGUCCUCCUCAAAUGCAUCCAUGGCGAUGAGACAGCAAGGGUUAUGGCAGAGACGCAUGAAGGCGCUGGCGGAAAUCAUUCGGGCGGACGCGCGUUAGCAAUCAAAGUAAGGAGCUUAGGGUUCUUUUGGCCGACAAUGAACGCUGAUUGCGAGUCAUACGCGAGAAGCUGCGACAAGUGCCAACGACACGCCCCCAGCAUCCAUUGCCCAACCGAGAUGUUGCGCACAACCACCGCCCCUUACCCGUUCAUGCGAUGGGCGAUGGAUAUCAUAGGACCGCUUCCUUGUUCCCGCCAAAGACGCUUCAUCCUGGUCCUCACCGACUACUUCACUAAAUGGAUCGAAGCUGAAGCAUACGCUCAAGUCACAGACAAAGAAGUCCGCGGUUUCGUCUGGAAAAACAUUAUUUGCCGCCAUGGUCUACCUUAUGAAAUUGUCACCGACAACGGAUCGCAGUUCAUGUCAGGUAAUUUCAAGGAGUUCUGUAGCAAGUGGAACAUUCGAUUAAGCCCCUCCACCCCUCGCUACCCGCAAGGUAACGGACAGGCAGAAUCCUCAAACAAACUCAUCAUCGAUGGCAUUAAGAAGCGUCUGGACCUGAAAAAGGGUCACUGGGCCGACGAACUCGACGGAGUCCUAUGGAGCCACCGCACAACCCCGCGAGGAUCGACUAAAGCGACACCUUUCUCCCUCGCCUACGGAGUCGAAGCAAUGGCUCCUGCUGAAGUUAACGUUUCAAGCCUUCGACGUUCCAAGAUGCCUCAAUACGUCGAGCUCAACAAGGAGAUGCUACUCGAUGCCCUCGAUGAGAUAGAGGAACGACGAGACCAGGCUCUGCUGCGCAUCCAGAAUUACCAACACCAGAUCGAAAGCUACUAUAACAAAAAGGUUCGAGCCCGACCUCUGGAACUCGGCGACCUCGUCAUGCGCAAAGUGUUCGAAAACACUAAGGAGUUAAACGCCGGCAAACUCGGCGCCAGGUGGGAAGGACCUUACAAAAUCAUUAAAGUCGUCAAACCUAGCGUAUACAGACUCCAAACGUCGCGCGGCGAAGAAGUCCCACGUUCAUGGAACUCAAUGCACCUACGACGCUUCCACCCGUAG